CUGAUGUUACGUGUGACCCUUUAUAACAAGUAAUAAAAACACGAAAAAUUACUAAAAGUGUCUGUUUAGUGAAACCUGUGCGUGCUCUGUGUUACCGUGAAAGAUACGAAACGAUAUUUCAUGUAGCAGUAUGUUUUAAAUACACUGUGACAAGAAAAAAUUGUGGGGUCGGCACAGGACCACUACAUCCCUGAUGUCCGUUGAUCGGAUGUGCGUACGAUGCGCGAGGAGGAGCUGGAGGUGGCCCUGAAGGUGGUGAUCGUCGGUGACGGCGGAGUCGGCAAGUCCAGUAUGAUACAGCGCUACUGCCGCGGCACCUUCACCAGGGACUACAAGAAGACCAUCGGGGUCGACUUUCUUGAGAGACAGAUCGAGAUAGACGGCGAGGAAGUCCGACUGAUGCUGUGGGACACGGCGGGCCAGGAGGAGUUCGACGCGAUCACCAAGGCGUACUACCGCGGCGCCCACGCCUGCGUGCUCGCCUUCUCCACAACCGACAGAGACUCUUUCUUAGCGCUGCACUCCUGGAAGUUGAAAGUGGAGAAUGAAUGCGGCGAAAUACCAACGAUAAUCGUUCAAAAUAAAAUCGAUUUAAUGGAUCAAUGUGUGGUUGGACCAGACGAGGCGGAGCUAGUGUCGCGCGCGCUCGGCUGCCGGCUGAUGCGUGCGUCGGUGAAGGAGGACGUGAACGUGGGCGCGGUGUUCCGGGCGCUGGCGGCGCGCUGCCUGGCCGACGCGCGGCGGGACGACGCCGACGCCGCCAGCCGCUGCGUCACGCCCGCCAUAGGUACAUUCGCCAACCACAAUAGCAACGGGACGAUAUUACUGCGACCGACGAAGCACCGGGCUGGUGCCAAGAAGAGAAACGUCCUCAAGAACGCGUGUAGAAUAUUGUAGUGCUUACUGAGGUAGUUCGAACGUUCCUUUUGUUUGACCGGUGCAGAUACAGGGUGUGGCGAUGGUAAAAUUUAAUUUCUUAAUUAUAGAGGAGAGAGUGGGAGAAAAUUAUCAAAAAAAACUUCAGAGGUGUCAAGGGACACCCGG